UCCAAAGUGAAUUUGUCCUUCGUUUGCUUCCUAGUCAGUUAGUAGUGUAUAUUUGUAAGUUAGAGAGUUAUUACUUUAGCGUACUUCAUCCGCAAUGCAUUUUCAAAUGUAUGUAGAACGUAAUUAUUCCUUUCGCCUCCCAUUCCACCUCGACCCUUGAACAAUCCCAGUUACUGUUGCCUUUUUUCUUGGAUAAUUUCCCCAGUGAAAAGAAAUUAUACGCUUAAUUAAGUUUAAUUGAUUGAACAUAAACGUCGUACAACAAUUGAAGAACAUGCUUUUUCUGUAUUUAUUGAUAUUUUUCACUCUAAGGAAAUGUUUGUGAACAUGCAGCCAUGCCUGAGGGAUAAUCAGAAGGAAAUCUUAAUGCAAGUUAGAUUAGCUGUUAGUGGAAGUCCACAAUCUGUGGACUGAAUGCGUUUCCCACCAAAACAGGCCAGAUCACGACUUUCAAGCCUCAGACCCAUUCAAUAAUGUUGCAAGCUCCAGCAUGCCUUCUUAACCCUGAGCUUGGUACUCACCACUUUCUAAGAACAGCUUCAAACAUAAAAAUUCAUUAUGUGGCCAAAGGUGAUCCACAAAAACCACUUAUGCUCUGCCUUCAUGGCUUCCCUGAGUUUUGGUAUUCGUGGCGAUAUCAGUUGAAAGCUUUCAGUGAUGACUACAGGGUUGUUGCAGUAGAUAUGAGGGGUUAUGGAGAAAGUGAUCAUCCAAUAGGAAAGGACCAGUACAAGGGUUCAUACUUAGUGAAUGAUGUGAAAGAAGUGAUUGAGGCUCUGGGCUACAGUUCGUGUGUGUUGCUUGCCCACGAUUGGGGAGGUUCCAUUGCUUGGAGUUUCACUCACAUUCACCCUGAAUUUGUUGACAGGCUGAUUGUGUGCAACAUUCCACACCCAAUAUGCUUUGUAAAGUGUUUGCAGACAUCCAGAAAACAAUUCCGUGCUUCCUGGUACAUGUACCUCUUUCAGUUGCCUUACCUUCCAGAGUACAUAAUUGAAAUGGAUGACUUUAAAGUCUAUGAUGAGGUGUUUAAGAAUAUAAAAAAUUUCACUGAAGAAGAUGUAGAGGGAUACAAGUAUGCUUUGUGUCAGUCGGGGUGUAGUGGUCCCUUAAACUACUACAGAGCUGCGUUUUCUUACCAAGAUUUGCCUCACGGAUACUGGCGCUCCAAGAUCAAGGCUCCAACCCUUGUGGUUUGGGGAAAAGAAGACAUGGCUUUAUUGGUGGAAACGUUAACAGGAACCGAAGAUUUUGUGGAAGACUUGACGAUCAAAUACGUUGACGGAGCAACUCACUGGGUUCAAGUCGAUGGUUAUGUGGAUGUGAACAAACACAUUCGUGCGUUUCUCAAUGCUCAUCCUGUGGAAUCUCUACAGAAACCAGACUAGAGAGAGACAUGGAGAGUGCAGUGUCCCUUUCCGUGGAUUGCCUUAGUACUCAAGAGGAAAACGAGUGUCUGCCAAAAUUUCAACGAUACAAAAGUCUAGUCUUUGUUUUAGAGAGGAGAGUAGAACGAAAGGAUUUGGUAAUUUCCAUUACUAUCAUCAAGAUCCUGAAGACUGACCAUUUUGUCCUUUUGGGUAGUGUUUGUAUUGUUCUAGUUUUAGCGCGUAUUAUGUCUGAGGCUUAUAGUUUUCAAAGAUGUGAAUUGAUACCGUCGUAAAAACUUAACAAAAAUAAAGUAGAAGUACAUUUUUUAUGUAAA